AUGUGUGGUAUCUUUGCUUACCUUAACUUCUUAACCCCUAAAACUCGUAGCGAAAUCAUCGAUGUGCUUAUCAAAGGUUUGCAACGAAUGGAAUACAGAGGAUAUGAUUCAGCAGGUAUUGCUAUCGAUGGCGGCAACGAUGUAGAUGCUCCUCACAACGAAAUUCUGCUGCUUAGAAAAGCGGGCAAAGUCUCGGUCCUGGAAGAUUCGAUCAAAGGCUGGUGA